CAUAUUCUAUACUAUUUCUAUACAUCAUUUCUAUACUAUUCUUACCCUUCCAGAUAUUAUUGGUUAGCAAUGGUGAUUGUUGUGAGAAAAUCGAACGCCAACAUCAAAGGCAAACUGCAGUCUGUAAGAAUUAUUCGCCUGUUGCGUAGGAAUAAGGUACGCAAUGGCAUCGUCAAUAAGAUUCAAAACGAGUUGAAAGAGCAGAUAAAAGAAAGCUUUCUGUCGACAGUUCUUGAGGAGUUCUGCCGCAAUUGUUCACUGCAUGGAUUGGCACAUAUCACAAGGAUGGACAGACGGCCGUAUGAAAGAAUUCUAUGGUUGCUGUUGACCGUGUUUGCAACAAUUGGUACCUGUCGGUUCUCCUAUGACAUUUGGCGCAAAUACCAAUACAAAGAUACGGCGACUGUGGUCGAAACCACUCAGUAUGAAUAUGCGAACGUGGCAUUCCCAUCAGUGACCAUCUGUGACGUCAGCAGAGUCGAUUGGAAAAGAGUAACUGCACUAAAACCAAGUGAUAUUCCUCUUCCAAGUGGCGAAAAAGCUUCUAUGGUAGGUCUGAAAAUACUUUUGGAAGCAUUGGCAGAUAUGACUUUCGGAGAUUUCGAUGUAAUGGACGGAGUUCGCAAAAUGUCAAAGAAGAACUUCAAUGAAAUAAGGAAUGUCAACUUAUCGGAUAUUCUAUUGAAGGUAAUGAGGCCAUGCACAGAAGUUUUUCUGUAUAAAUGCUGGUGGCGUAACCAAGAAUUCAACUGUUGUGAAGUAUUCGAGGUGCAAAAGUCUGAAUUUGGAUUCUGUCAUUCAUUCAACUCUGAUGUAUCUGAAUAUUCACUGAAGUACAGUUGGAACUAUGGUUUGGAUGACGAUCAGCCGUAUUGGGUGCAGCCGGAGGCAUCGGUGCCUGAUAACAGUGACCUCUACAAGAACCUCACUUUCGACUCGGAGGAGGAGAAGGAUGAUGGUGAGGAGGGAGAGAGCACUGAUCACGUGACUAAGGAGUUGCGACCGCGCCGGACGGCGGGAGCCGGGCCCUGGACGGGACUCAGGGUCACUAUCAAAGUGCCCACCAGGGCGGAACUGCCACCCAGCAUUGUCACUCAGCCUGGAAUACUGGUGAUGGUGGGAAACCCGCAGGCCUUCCCGAGUGGAGGCAGCAUGAUGGUGACGUCUGGCACAUUUGCAGGCAUCUCGGUGUGGGGCGACGCCAUCUACACCACGAAGAGGGUGCGCACCAUCCCCCCCUCACUGCGCAAGUGCCUCUACUCGGAUGAGGGCCACAGCCUCGCCAACCACCGCUACCUCAGCAAGAACUGCCAGCAGGACUGCUGGCAACGCUACACCGUGCGGUUCUGCAACUGCUCUCCCGAUUUCCUGUUUGUGUCCAAAGAUCAUGCCGAAUAUCCACCAUGCAAGGUUGAAGGACUGCUUUGCCUGAGUUUAUAUAAUGAUUUAUUCAACUACGAGGUUCCAGAGACAACACAGAAACAUUUCUACAACCACAUUCAACAGGGAAUGAGCUGUAAUUGCUUUGCCGAUUGUGUUUCCCAGCAAUACCUCACCGAAGUUACUACUUCACAAAAUGUAAAUUCAUCCAAUGAAAUACAGUUAGACGUACACUUUCGCUCCAGAACAUGCAUCCUCUACAGGUCAGACGUAUUAUUCGGCUGGCUUGAUCUGAUAGUGAGCAUUGGAGGAAUCGCUGGAUUGUUUUUUGGUGGAUCAGUACUGAGUGGUGUAGAAAUCCUUUAUUUUUCUACGAUCAGAUUAUUUCAUAUCUACAACGAAUGGAAGCUGAACAGAGAUUUGAAGGAGCCUGAGACGAAAAUACCUCCAAAAAAGUUGGAACAGUUGCCUCCAGUAUGCUUUGUUGUCAUGAAAAACUACCAGCAAAAGUUGGCUCGUGCGGGAUACGAUUAGCUACAUCUCAUGAAAUAUCAUAAUAAUAUACAUUUAAUAGUCAUACAUAAUAGAAUUAAUCUGGUAUGUUGUAUUAUAAGAACACCGUACACUAUAAGCACAAUACCUUAUUGAAUAUAAUAAGCCUGCAUAUGCUUAAUAUUUGCCAGUAUGUAUGUGACCAUAGACAAACAUGCUAUCUUUUCUCUAUGAUAUGUGACGUAGUUCCCUAAA